ACACCAAUGAUCUUCAUUUAUUUUUACACACCAAUGAUUAUCACAUGGAUUCUACGCCUAUUCGAUACACAUCCACGAGCUAUUUGCCUAACACAAAAUAUCAAAUUAGUAAAAUGCUCACACACUUUUUUACCUUACAAAAAGUUUUACCCCAACGUAUUCAACAAAAGUAUUUUGAUUUGAUUCGCCAAAAAUUACUGGAUCGAAUCGACUUUAUCAAGUCACGUGCUUCUAAUAGAACUUUGAAGAACACUCAUACAAAAACUUUCUUCUCGUUUUCUUAUAAGCGCUAUCGCUUCCACUUUGGUAUUUACGUUCCUUGUGAACAUGUUUGCACACCCGCUUUAUCUAAUUCUCUUACCCGGUGUCAUAGCCCGAGCCCUUUCGUCAUGUCUUUAAAUAGACGUGCUUGUGGUACUCAUCAACCUGAAUUUUCGAGAACAAAAAUUAAUCACCAUCUGAAACCUGUGCCUGAAUUGGACCCAGGAUAUACGAAUUCAAAAUCUUCACACGCUAAUCAUGUAUACGAUCUUUGGCAACAUCGAUGGAAAAAUGAGAUCUUUUCCAACCGCCUUGGCAUUCAGUACAAUGUAUGCUAUGUGGCUAACAGUACUAAUUUCGUGCGCAAACAUCCAGGCGCCUAUAUUUACAGGAAACACCUUUCGAAUUUCAAACUCAAUCAUAGCAGUAAUCCUGCAACGAAGCGCAAACAGGAAACCCGCUUCAAGAGACAUUGUGCAAGGGUGCUUAAAACUAUUGACCCUACCUCCCGCACUUUGAAAGAUUACAAACUCUCAGCUGGAAGACGUUUUCGCUUCCUAUUCGAUGAAUCACAACAUAUCUACUCACCUCUUCACCAUUUGAAAUUCAAAAAAUUUUUAACGGAGAAAUUAUUACCUGAUCCUGAUGAUUAUAUAUUUAAAAUAUCUCAUCACACGCUGCCGAAUUGCAGCACUACGUCACAACCUUUGACCUUAUCUAGGCCUUCUGGCGUUAAUACUAUCCCUCAUUAUUUGAAUGCCGCAGAAAUCGAGGCUCUCAUGGAUUCGUUAGAACCACUUCCUCGUAGCACUAUAUACUAUGGUUAUAAUCCCGUAGACCCGUCUAAAGUGAAUAGUAAUUACGACUCAUCCUCCGCUAACGGUAUGGGCACCACACUUAAACAUUAUUAUCGUCGAGGAAUAUCAACUCGACAACUGACGGUUCAUACUAAUGGAUUUCACGAGCAGAUGAAACAACCCCCACCUCCUCCAAUGCCUUGCAAAAAGAAACAACAUCGCAAGUGGAAGAAAUGGGUGGAAAAAUAUCAAGAAUACUACGACUAUACGUGCAUACCGUACGCUCCUCGGCCUUGUCACCCGGCUGACUACCAUCUAGAUCUCUUCGGUUUACCCUCAUACACCUCAGACGAAACUAAAUCGGUGAAAUACCGACCUAACAAGAGGGACACUUUGUCCUAUCCUUCCGCUUCGUCACAAUCACAUGACCACAAACGAUCAAGACCAGCGAAUAGUUUCCCUACUGACUCCCUAUUUUCUAGUCUUAAUUCUAAUUAAUUUAGUUUUUCUUAUUCUAUAUAUGUAUAUUGUUCAUGUAAUGAGUCUUAAACACUUUUUCUUAUUUUGCAUUCUACAUUUUGGCGUCUAUGAAUUACCCUUACGUCAUCAUGCACGUUUGUAUAUGUAUCAAACAAUUUAAAAUAGUGUGAACCAUUCCACUUAUGACAGUAUUGACAAGUGGCAGCCUUAGGGCUGAAAGCAAAAUACGGGUUUUAUUAAUUUUUCUUGUUUUUUUUUCUUGGGAUUUUGGUAAAAUUGUUUUUUUUUCUCUU